AUGCGUGGACUUUUACGUGGUACUUUAUACUGUGCACUAUGGUACGGCAGUGUAAUGGCUGGCUUUUUAUUUAUUGCUUGUCCUAUGUUACCACUGUUAUUCUUUAGUCCAUCAAAGUUUCGAAAAUGUAACGAUUUUUUAUUUUCCUGUUGGGAACUUUAUUCUACUGCUCUUUUAAAGGUGUUUGGUGUAAAAAUUGUUGUAUCAGGCGAUCAUAUAUCUCCAGAUGAAUCUGCCAUACUUGUGAUGAAUCACAGGACACGAGUAGAUUGGAACUUUUUGUGGGCAGCAAUGUAUCAAGCAUGUUUGCCUAGUGUAGCAACUCAUAGAUUAAAAUUUGUUUUAAAGGAUCCUAUACGACACAUUCCAGGUCCAGGAUGGAUAAUGCAAAUGAACGGCUUCCUUUAUAUAACACGUCGAUGGGAAGAAGAUCAAAAUCGAUUGUCACGUACCCUUAAUUAUUUAGUAGCAUUGGAUAGACGUUCCCAAUUACUAAUAUUUCCGGAAGGAACAGAUUUAACAAAGGGUAGCAAAGAAAAGUCAGACAGAUAUGCUUUGAAACAUAUGCUCCCGGAAUAUUCUUUUACUCUUCAUCCAAAGACUACAGGAUUUAGUUAUUUAGUUCAUCAUCUUCAGCAAGCAAAUUACCUCGACUCGGUUUAUGACUUAACGAUCGCGUACCCUGACUAUGUUCCACAGUCUGAACUAGAUUUAAUCAAAGGAAAAAUGCCACAAGAGGUACAUUUUCAUAUUAAAAGGAUACCAUCAUCUGAUAUGCCAACACAUGAUGCCUCAUUAAGACGUUGGUUAGAAAAAAGAUGGUACAGUAAAGAAGAAGUAUUAAAGGAAUUUUAUGAAAAGAAAUCUUUUUCUACUGAAAUUUGGCCAUUGACAAACAUUCUUCCUUUACAUGUUGCAUUAGGAUUUUGGAGCAUCUUAACAGGUGCUGCAGUAGUUUUGCUCAUUAUUUCACCAUUGUUCCAAUUGUGGGCAUUGAUUCUUUCAACUUUCUUUAUAGUGCUAUCAUUUUUCAGUACUGGUUUCAAUCAACUAGAAAUGGGAUGGUACUGGCGAUGGAGUGCUCAUUUCUUAAAACAAAAGCAUAGGUUAUAA